AUGUUCCUCGCCGUUGCUGUCGCCUCCUGCUCCUCGUCGUUCAGUCCUCGCCGCUGGAUCUCACCGUGCGCUGCGAGCUGUUUCUGCUCCUCCUCCUCGCCUUUGCCGACGUCAUCGCCUCGCCUUUGCUGUUGCCCUCGUCUCGCCGCACCUCCUCCUCGCCGUUGCACCUCGUCUCAACGCACCUCGUCUCUUCUGGGAAUGGUGGUGGUGGGUUUUGAGUUUUGUUGUUCUUCUAAUGACGAUGAUGACGAUGAUGACCAUGAUGAUAAUGGUGAUGGCGGUGGUAGUGGUGGCUUCUGGUUUAACUUGGGCUUUUGGUUUAUUUUAGUUGAUUUUGUUGUUCUGAUUAUGAUGACCAUAAUGAUAAUGGUGGUGGGUUCUGGCAUGGAUAGUGGUGGAUUCUUCAAAUCCAACGUUAUGAAUGUUGCAAAAAGCAUAAAGAAAACUGGGAAAGAUGACCCUAGACGAGUGAUUCACUCGUUAAAAGUGGGACUCGCUCUCACUUUGGUCUCAUUGUUCUACUACUCAAGGCCUCUUUAUGACGGUUUCGGAGUUGCCGGAAUGUGGGCCGUUCUUACCGUCGUUGUAGUCUUCGAAUUCACCGUAGGUGGAACUCUAAGCAAGGGUCUAAAUAGAGGAUGUGCCACACUAUUAGCCGGUGCUUUAGGGGUUGGAGCUCAGCAUUUAGCUAUUGCUUUUGGAAAAAAGGGAGAACCCAUUGUCCUUGGAGCCCUUCUUUUCAUUUUAGCGGCAGGGGCAACGUUCUUGAGAUUUUUCCCAAGAAUCAAGGCAAGAUAUGACUAUGGAGUGGUGAUAUUUAUAUUGACGUUCAGUUUAGUAACAGUGUCAGGAUUCAGAGUGAAUGAGAUAUUGGAGCUUGCUGAGCAGAGACUCUUAACAAUCUUGAUUGGUGGAGCCACUUGCAUGGUUGUCUCAAUAUUGGUUUGUCCAGUUUGGGCGGGUCAAGAGCUUCAUAACUUGGUUGCUUCCAACAUACAAAAGCUUGCCAAUUACCUUGAAGGAUUUCAAGCAGAAUAUUUUCAAGACAAACAAAAAUCUAAGUCAUCUCUUCAAGGAUAUAAAAGUGUUCUUGCUUCUAAAGCAUCUGAAGAGUCCUUGGGCAAUUUGGCGAGGUGGGAGCCUGGACAUGGCGCUUUUCGUCUUCGUCAUCCAUGGAAGCAGUACUUGAAGCUUGGUGCACUUGCUAGAGAAUGUGCUUACAAAAUUGAAACUCUCAACACCUAUCUUAACCCUGAAAUCCAAGAAUGUAUGGAAUUAAAGUGUAAAUUUGAAGAACCAUGCAAAAUAAUGAGUUCAGAAUCAAGCAAGGCACUGAAGGCAAUAUCUUCAUCAAUGAAAACAAUGACGGCUCCUUCCGCCGCUAAAUGCCACAUAGAAAAUUCUAAAACUGCCACUAAAUUACUCAAAGUUGCACUGGAAACAAUUUCACUAGAGGAUGCUCAACUCAUAGCUAUAAUUCCAGUCGCCACCAUUGCAUCAAUACUAGAAGAAAUCACUAAGACAGUUGAAAAGGUUUAUGAUUCAGCUUCCGAGCUUUCUAAUUUAGCGCAUUUCAAGAAUGUUGAAUCAAAUGUCUCGCCUGAGAAGCAGCCACCGCACCUACUCCACCGUAGCAUCAUAAACCCUCUUGUGGUGGACAUUGCUAAUAAUAAUAAUAAUAAUAAUAAUAAUAAUAAUAAUAUUGACCAAAUUGAAAUAACUAUCCAUGACAUAAUAAGUUCUGAAUCACCUGAAAAGGUAGAAAAUGCACCACCAAAAUCUUGUGCAGAAAAUGCACAAUCAAACUCUUGUGCAGUUGUAAAUAUAAUUGUAUGUCAUUAA